AUGAGCAACAAUGAUAAUGACUUUCGUUAUCUAGACAGUGGACUGGAGGCUACUUCUAUUCAAAGUAUCUAUUUAGAAGAGGAAGAUCUUAAUAAUCAAUGGGGAGACACUUCAAUCGAAUAUAUAAUCCGUAAAUAUUACGGCGGAACCAUAUCUUCAAUCUUCUCAGUUGAUAAUUCUGAUGACAAUAACGUUUCUGGGCUCGCCUCUCAUCGAUCAGAUGAAAUUUUGCAUAACUUGCACUUUUUUGAUCAUCGUUAUAUUCGAUUCAUUUACAACCCUAUAUCAGGAAAAUUCGUACAGAAUAAUUUUUGGAAAGACCCUGCAUGGGUAUCCGUUGACGUGUUGAAAAAGGGAAUUGAUCGUGAGACUCAUAACGAACGUGAAAUUAUCUUUGGUCAAAAUUUGAUUGAUAUUAAAGAAAAAUCUACCGUUCAACUUUUAAUUGACGAGACUCUUUAUUUAGGAGAAUCUAUCCCUGUAUCCAAGUUGCCUAUUGAUGAUACAUCUUUGAAUAUAUUGGACUUAACUGCUACCAAUGUUCGACCGGAAGUAGCCAAACAUUUUUUGUUUUCCGGAACGAAAAUUGUACGAGUGCGUCGGGCCAAGAAUGGUGCUAUAUCAUUUAGUGCAGAUGCUGGAAACAUAUCUGAUGAUGACGGAGCUUUAGCAAUGGUCGUACCUUUAAUGGGCUUUUUGAUUAGUACAUAUAAUUUUAUUAGAUUGGGAGUAAAUGCUGUUAUAAUAAUUUUGCGUGCGUUGGAUUUAAUUACUAUCGUGGUUCCUCCUGCAUUACCUGCAACAAUGAGCAUUGGUACAAAUUUCGCCAUUGGAAGAUUAAAAAAAGCAGGAAUAUUUUGUAUUAGCCCACCAAGGGUUAAUGUUGGAGGAAAGCUAAAUGUCAUGUGUUUUGAUAAAACGGGCACGCUUACGGAAGAUGGAUUAGAUGUUUUAGGUGUUCGUUUUAUUAAUCAAACAUCACACAGUGAUGGUCAUAAGACUAAUAAUUCUAUUCCACCAAUUUUGUGUGCCAUGACUACGUGCCAUUCUCUUAAAUUAGUCAAUGGUGAACUAAUUGGUGAUCCACUUGAUUUAAAAAUGUUUGAUUUUACUAAAUGGAUACUUGAAGAAAGUGGACAAGGUGUUUCAUCCAGUACAUUAAGAUUGUCAACUGGAUCAGCACCUUCCGGGAGACCAGGUAGCCCUACGAAUGGAACAGGUAGCAUAGUACCAACAGUGGUUAGACCACCUAAUAGUAAACAAUUUGAUUUAAAUGAAGCACUUAAUGUAGGGGGAAAAAACGGGGAUGGAAAACCUACACCAUUUAUUGAGUUAGGAAUAAUUCGAACUUUUGAAUUUGUUUCAUCAUUACGACGUAUGAGCGUGCUCGUAAAACGUCUGCGAAAUCAAACAAUUGAAGUUUACGUUAAAGGGGCACCAGAAGUGAUGCGCGAUAUUUGUCGAGCCGAUUCCUGUGAUAAUGUCUUGACUGCAAUAAGUGUUUCUCGUGAAUGUGGAUUGGUCAAUAAGGCAUCAAAAGUUUAUGUACCAAGAUUCGUUCAAGGAUCGUCUUUAAGCUCACGAGCAUCUAUUUCAUGGGAGAGUUUGGAUAACCCAAAAGAUUCACUGGAUUCAACGACAUUAAAACAAAUUAUUUCUAUAUCACAGGAUUAUCCUAGCGAAUAUCCGUUUAUUAGUCCUUAUGAAUACGACCUUGCAGUGACUGGCGAUGUUUUCCGUUGGAUUAUAGAUUAUGGAGAUGAAAUGACAUUUACUCGGAUGCUUGUGAAAGGCCAAAUUUUUGCACGUAUGUCGCCAGACGAGAAACACGAAUUAGUAGAAAAACUACAAGAAAUAGGAUAUUGUGUUGGCUUUUGUGGUGAUGGUGCCAACGAUUGUGGAGCACUUAAAGCGGCAGACGUUGGAUUGUCACUUUCUGAUGCAGAAGCUUCUGUUGCGGCUCCAUUUACGAGUCGUAAUAUGGAUAUCGGCUGUGUUAUCGAAGUUAUUAA